UGCCUACAGAAGCUGUGGAUGCCCCAUCCCUAGAGGUGAUCAAGGCCAGGCUGCACAGGGACAACCUGAUGUCGGGCCUGAUUUAGCAACUCUACCUAUGGCAGGGGGCUAGAACUAGAUGACCUUUAAGGUCCUUCCAACCCAAGCCAUUCUGUGAUUCUAUGAUUAUCAUAAAAAAAUGAGGAAGUCACAUUUCAUAUAUCUUUUUCGAAAAGAGCAACAAAUUAAAAAUCAGUGAUUUGUUACAGUCUGUGUUAGAUGAGACAGCCUUUAAGGAAAGUGUUAUUCCCACAGUUCAUUUAAAGAGUGUAUUUAGAUCAUGUUCUGAUUUCAUUUUUUUGUUCUUUCAGUCCAGUUCCUCCUGAAAAGGUUAUCAGUAAUGGUGUCUUGGUGGUAAUUUCAAACUAUUUAUCUAUGUUCAUUAUCUUUCUGGUGUUGGGAAUGAUAAAUAUGGAAAGGGCCCCAAUAAGUCAUUGCAGUCAGAGCUGAAGGAGAGGGAGAUGUGGGGUGGUGGGAGGAGGAGCAUCAGAAACUGGCAGCCAUCUGCCUCCAUGGUUCCUGGGGUGAGGAUGUAUUAAGAAAGAGUGAACGUAGUCACUGGGGAUACCCACAGGCCAGUCCUCCAUCACCAGUUGAUGGCAAGCUUCUUGGCAGAGCCUGAAGUGCUCCUUCAUUUGCUUGCUGCCUCUGUGUCAUUCCCCCUGGGAAGCAGGACCGCAAGGACAGCUCUGUGAUUUGGCUGCCCAUCAGUCCAUCUUCAGGAGGCCUUGCCAUACUCCCACUCAUCUCAUUAUGUCCCCUUCCUUCCUAUCCCAUGGACAGACACACCGCUGCAGCCAUUCUUCUUUCAGCUGGCACAUCUUAAGAGUACUCAUACCUGCCAAACACACAAUGGGCAGGUGUCCAGACCCCAGGAACUCAGGUGGCCAGAGAUAAAUAGUAAAGUGACUCAAAUGUAGCAUAGUUUGGAUAUUUAAUUCUCUUAUUAUUCAUCCCUGUGACAGUCUCGUGAAGCUUGCUGCUUGGAAGUCCUCGUGGACAACACACAGAAGAAAGUAGCUUCAGAAAAAGACUUCCUGUUCACAGUGAAGGGAUCCUAUGAACAGAACCAGACCCUGUCACUGGGCUCUUCCCUGCAACCCCCAAGGCCUCUCAUCUUCCAUUAUCUCAAAUAUGGUCUGGCAGAGCUGCGCAUGGCUCUGGCAGAAAAGAAGCCACAUUUCUGCUUGUAUACCUCAGGUGAAGAGAAAAAAAACAGCGUUGCAUCCCUCACUGUUCCUCUGGAUUCACUUCCCUUCAAGGAGAAAGUAGCAGUGGCAAAGAAUGAAACAGUCAAUUUACAUGUAAAGUCAAUGGACUGGUCAAGAAACCUUGAUGUUCGCUUGGAGUUUGAUCUAUGCAUGGAGGAGAAAAUUUUCCUACAAAAACGGAGGAAGUUGGUAGCUUCUGCUCUGAAAAAAGCACUUAACUUAGAACAGGACCUACAAGACCAUGAGGUUCCAGUUGUAGCAGUCAUGACAACAGGAGGUGGCACUCGGGCACUGACAUCUUUGUUAGGCAACCUGCUAGGUCUUCAAAAACUGGGUCUCUUAGAUGCUAUUUCUUACAUCACUGGGUCAUCUGGCUCAACAUGGACGUUGGCACAUUUGUAUCAGAGUCCUGACUGGUCACACAAGGAUAUCUCUGGACCAAUCCAUGAAGUCCGCAGACACAUGACCAAGAGCAAGCUGAGCUGCUUUUCCCUGGAGAGCUUAAAGUACUACGACCAAGAGCUAAAGCUGCGGAAGCAAGAAGGAUACCAGAUCUCUAGCAUUGAUUUCUGGGGGCUCCUGCUGGAAAGAGCAUUAAGUGAUGGGAAAAACAAUCACAAACUGUCUGAUGAGAGACGGGCAUUAACUCAAGGUCAGAAUCCCCUACCAAUCUACAUGAUCCUCAACAUCAAAGAUGACUACAGCCUUUCAGAGUUUAAAGAAUGGGUUGAGUUUACACCUUAUGAAGUCGGGUUUUUAAAAUACGGUGCCUUCAUUCGUGCAGAAGAUUUUGGCAGCAAGUUCUUCAUGGGUCGCUUGAUGAAGAAGCUUCCUGAGUCUCGGAUCUGCUUCAUGAAAGGCCUGUGGAGCAAUGUCUUUUCAUACAACCUUUUGGAUGCUUGGCAUUCAUCGGAUCCUUCAGAAAGGUGCUCACUGAGGUGCACUCAACCCACAGCUGUUGAUGUUGAAGGAGAUGAGCCUUCCUCACCAGUCAGGAACCAUGAGUUGGAGACUUACAUAGUCACCCCUGAAUGUGGCAUCAUGGGCAUUGUUCGGGAAGUCCUCACUGAGCGAGUAAUGGUCUCAAAGUUCUUCAAUUUCCUAAAGGGGUUCCAGAUGCACAGUGAAUACCUUCAGAGCAAAAGCUUUUGUAUAUGGAAAGAUACUGUGCUAGAGAAUUUCCCCAACCAGCUGACAGAAACAGCAGAGUUCCUGUGCCUUGCAGACACAGCAGGAUACAUUGAUAUCAGCUACCCACCACUCAUGAGGCCAGAGAGGAAAGUGGAUGUUGUCCUACACUUAAACUAUUCUUCUGGAUCACAGACAUCGCCUUUGGAAGAAGCCUCAAAGUACUUCUCAAAACAGGGAAUUCCAUUUCCAAAAAUCCACCUGAGUGAAGAGGAGAAAAAGAAUCUAAAGGAGUGCUACAUCUUUGAAGAUGCAGAGACCCCGGAGGCACCAACAGUGGUGUUUUUCCCUCUGGUGAAUGACACAUUCAGAAAAUACAAAGAGCCAGGUGUAGAGCGCAGCUCCGCUGAGAUGGCACAAGGCAAUGUGGAUGUUUCCGGCCUUUUUUCCCCAUACUGCAUAAACAGCUUUACCUACACAGAGGAGCAGUUUGACAAUCUGGUAAAACUGACCAGCUACAACAUUCAGAACAACAAGCAUCUGAUUCUUCAGGCUUUGAAUUCAGCAAUAGAGCAGAAACGACAACACAAAAAAUAAAUGCUGUCCUAAGUUUCAGAAAGAUCUCUGUAUCACUUUUUCUCCCCUGUAGAAGAAUCAGAACCUGCUGAUGAAUGAAUAUAUGGACUUGGGAAAGUAUUGAGACUUAUCUCAGCUUGUGGUUCCUCUACACCAAGUAGCAAUCCUAGAUAAGCCCAUCAAACGAAAUAAUGAUAACUCUCAUGCAUUAAAGUAGGUUUGCACUGCUAAUGAACGUUUUUUUUCAUGUAUACAUAUACAUGUAUGUAUAUGUAUAUAUAGUAAAUUAAAGGUUAGAAAAUAUGGGGUUUAUUGAUGGGUUUUUUGAAUUUAUGAAUGUGGAACAACAACAUAUCUUCUUGCAAAAACACAAGUAAAAAAUUAUAUGUGAAGAGAAAUGAGCUUCAGGUAUCUAAUAUAUUUCAAAUUCAGUGCAAUUAGAAAAAACAUGGAACAAAUAUAGGCAAUCCCAAGGGAAAGAGAUAACUAAAUUUUGUUAUAACAUCAGCAUUAAAUUUUAUUGCAAAUAGCAGACAAAACUAAACAUAAAAAGAUAUAGAAGAGCCAAGAUUUACUGUGUAAGAUGCAGAAUUUCUAUACUUCUGAAUUUACAAAUUUUAUUAUGCCAGCAGUAUUUGGGGUUUGGAAAAUCCUAUGGAAGUGAUCAUUCCAAACCCUUUAGAGAGUCACAAGCUGCUCUUCUGGUGCAUGCAUAAGCACCUAACCUGAGGUUGUGUUUUUCAUUGAAUACUUAUGAUGUUCAGAGUAUCCAGCUCAGCAUCUACUUCCCAUUAGUUUCAACAGGUCUAAUAGUAUUUCUUGUUAUUACAGAUGAGAAUGCUGUGAGAAUAAAAACAUUAAAAACAGAAACAUUCAGAUUUUGUGGUAAGGGAACAAGCUAAGUGUUUUAAACUGAUAUCCGUGGGUAAUUCAUGAAUAAUUAUAUAAUUUUUCAGUCCUUGAAUGUAUACAAGUAAUAUAGGCUUUGUGCAACUACUAUAAAUAUCAUAAGGCAAUUUGUUGAGAUCACUUAUCUUUUAAAUGAAGAUCAAAAUAUUUAUUUGCUUUAUGAAAGAUUUUAAUAAUGCAAAUACUCUGCAAACCUAUCUGUUAAGAAGAUAAUGCUUCAGCCAGUAUCAGAUGCCCUUAAGUAGGUCAAAUUUAAAUGAAACACGGUGACUUGUCUGUGUUGAAGUAACAUGUAUUGACACACACAGAGCUGUGUGUUGUUUGUUGUAAAUGAUGUAAUUGUAGCCAAAAUAGAAAAUAAAUUUUUAAUUCAA